ACAAACACUUGUAUAUAUUUGGUUCAGCUUUAUGAAUACAAAUUAUCGGUUUCCAAUUACAAAGCUUGCUCCAAUAGUGGUAUCAGAGCCAAAAUCUCAAACGAGACCAGUACUCGACAACCAUGGCUGAGGCAACAUCCAAAACCACAGAAUCUAUCCAGUCAAGCAAUGGCAAAACUGUGAUAACCACACCUGCUGUUACCAACACUAAUAGCAGUUCACACAACAUAAUAGCUUUCGUUGCUGCCCAAUUUCUAGUCAAACUCACCUCAGAUAAUUACACCAUGUGGAGCCGACAAUUCACAUCAUUGCUUCGAGUUUAUCGACUGACUGAUUUUUUGCAGGGCACCAGGCCAUGUCCUCUAGAGGAUGACUUACCCGACUCACCAUAUGAUUUAUGGGUGAGGCAAGAUCAAUCAAUACAACAUGCAAUUCUAACUUCAGUGUCAAAAUCCAUUCACCCAUAUGUCUCUAGUGCUGAGACGUCACAUGAAGCUUGGGUGAUUCUUGAAAGGCUUUGUGCAAAUAGCUCUCGCACAAGAGUAAAUGCAUUGAAAGAGAGGCUACAAAACCUUCGAUGUGAAGGCUGAGCAGUGGCAGAAUAUCUUCGCACCGCAAAAAUUUUGAUUGAUCGGAUUGGAAACGCAGAAAAGGUACCCCUAAGCAACUCUGAUAUUCAAGUUUAUCUUCUUAAUGGUUUGGGACAUGAAUACAGGGAAUUCAAGGCU